GGACGGUGUUUGUUAGUACUACCUGGUACGAGAAACAGCAUCAUAAGUCAUAACAAAAGCAACCAGAAUGAACGAGAAACAAACACCUGAGUAGUGAGUAGUGAGUAGUGAGUGAGUGAGUCAACACUAGUCAAACUCAAACACACUCACAACAAAACCGUUUCCCCAAACCCUUAACUCGUUUCAUUUUUCUAACAAACCAUAGAAAUAUAACCCUUUCUUUCUCCUCUGCGUUUUUUUCCAUGGCUGAGCACCGCGUCUCCGAACCUCUCCCAGUGGGACCCACUCAGCUUGGAAAUAACGAUGAAAGAGACCAACACGAAAAAAAACGAGUCGGUGAAUCUCCACGUGUCACCGAGUCUAAACAAAACGAUUCAGCGAGUUCUAUUGAACACUCGGUAGUGCGAAAUUCAGAAACCCUAAUUGUUCCUCCAUCUUCGAUUUUGCAGAAACAGAGUUUCGACGCAGAUUUGCAGGGGAUCCCUAAUUCGCUGAAUUCGUGUGAUAAAGCUGAAAAUAAGGAAACAGUUGGACCUCCUGAAAAGGAAAUUACUGCAAGUGAAGCAGCCCCGACACCUCCAACUCCGACUGAAAAUCAGCUUCAAAUGAUUCUGUAUUCAACUCCACUGACUGAAAUACCACCAAAUUCUGUUACAAAAUCUUUUUCACCUGUUUCUAUUUCAACCAUACAAAUAUAUAAAAUGUCUCCUCCAAGCGUUAGUAACACACCUGUACCAGUAGUUGACAAAAAAUAUCCUUCUGGCGGUAAAGCCUUAUCUUCAGUUUCUGUUGCGAGGACAUCAGCAUCUGAUGGAUACAACUGGCGGAAAUAUGGUCAGAAGCAAGUUAAGAGUCCUACUACAGGUUCUCGAAGCUAUUACAGGUGUACUCAAUCAAACUGUUGUGCUAAGAAGAUUGAAUGCUGGGAUCAUUCAGGUCAUGUGAUAGAGACUGUAUAUAAAAGUGGGCACAGUCAUGAUCCCCCGCGGAAGACUCUUUCCCUUAGGGAAAGUAAGUUUGCAUCUCCCAAAGAACCUACUGCAGAGAACAAUGUUUUAGUGAAGUAUGUCAAUGUUCUGAAAGAUUCUGAUCCGUCCACAUCUUCCAAAGCUCAAGAAGCACCUUAUAGUGCUGACAAGGAACCACAAAACUCGUCUAAUAUCAAUGGUAAUGGUAAAGUUAUUUUGAAGGAGGAACAUCUAGACAAGCCAGAGCCAAAACGAAGAAAGGAGAAAGGCGACUUAAUUCAACCAGAUUCUCCUGUAAAACCUGGAAAGAAACCCAAGUUUGUUGUACAUGCAGCCGGAGAUGUGGGGAUAUCAGGUGAUGGAUACCGAUGGCGCAAGUAUGGGCAGAAAAUGGUGAAGGGUAACCCACAUCCCAGAAACUACUACAGAUGCACUUCUGCCGGAUGUCCUGUCCGGAAGCACAUCGAGACAGCCGUAGACAACUCAGAUGCUGUCAUCAUAACUUACAAGGGUGUACAUGAUCACGACACUCCUGUGCCGAAGAAACGACACGGCUCACCAAGUGCUCCUCUCGUGGCUGCUGCAGCACCUGCCUCCAUGAAUAAUUUGCAGUUGAUUAAACCAGGCUCGCCUCAGCAAAACCAGAAAAUUUCUACUCAAUGGUCAGUGGACACAGAAGGAGAACUAACUGGGGAAGCGUUGGAGCUUGGUGGCGAGAAAGCAAUAGAGUCAGCUCGAACUCUUCUGAGCAUAGGUUUUGAAAUUAAGCCUUGCUGAAUUCAUCAUUCAGAAAUCAGGCAGUUGUAGCAUAUAAAUUGGUUAGCCCGGUCUCUUGUAAUUUCACAGUUUCCUGUGUUUAUCCUUUAUAUUUGUUCUUGGUUUUCUUCUCAUGUAGGCUUUAGCGGAACAGUUUGUGUGUGUGUUUGCUCAGUUUGUCUGAAACAAUUUGCUAGUAGUGGAACAAAUAAUAGAAUUGAUUGGCAUAA